AUGUUCGAUCUAAUAAAGAAUUUGCAGCCAAAUCUGAGACCUACUGCGAUCCAUUGCGACUUUGAGCAGGCAGCAUUCGCAGCCAUAGAAGAUUGCUUCCCAGGAGUAAAUAUCAACGGAUGCUUCUUCCACUUAGCACAAAACGUGAAGAAGCAUGUGGCACAGUUAGGCCAUCUUACAGAAUACAAUAACGACGCCCAAUUUGCCAUAAAUUGUAAGAUGGUGACAUCCUUGGCAUUCGUUCCAGUUCGUCAUUUAGAUCACGCCAUUGAUGUGUUGGGAACCAAUUUACCUGUUGCGCUUCAACCACUGUUGGAUUGGUUCGAAGACAAUAACGCAGGACGUAUGAAUAGGUAA